AUGGGAUACAUACAUGUUUGCCUAUUGAAUGGCUCAGAGCCUUCGUUGGUCUUAAUCGAUCGUAAUUGCGGGUACAUGCAACUGGUGGAUACAGUUAUGGCUGAGAUUGGAUUGGAUCCCACUGACGUGGCAGUCACAAUGAAGUAUGUUUUGAAAAGUGAACUGCCUCCAAUUGUGAUCAAGAAUGACAAUAAUGUGCUGUCAUACAUGGCGUUGAAAGAUAUGGAACGUGACCCAUCCAAAUAUCCAAUCUUCAUUGAGGUCACGGAAGAAGAUAGCCAACAAAACAGUGCAAUGUUACCAUUUGGUGUGGAACCCAGUGGACCAAAAUUUUCAUUGAUAGAUAUGUCAUUAGAUAUAUGCGGGGCGAUAAUAGAAUCGUUGUGUGACAACUAUGAGCAUGAGGUCACGGUUGUAUCGGUCGCCAACGCUAGGGACGUGGAGAUGGGGAGGGUUUUUCGUAACAAAAAAAUCAUGAAGCUGAGCUUGUCCCUUUAUACGAUCCAAAACAUGUUUAAAUAUGUGGUUGUUCGGUUAGAUAAGAAGGACUAUCUUGUCAAGUGUUUAGAUGACGAGUGUGAUUGGAUCUGUAGAGCAUCUAGGAUGGCUAGAACGGACUUGUUUAAAAUUAGGCAUAUUGUAGAAGGUCACAGAUGUGCUUCUAACAUUGUACUUGGUUCUCAUAGGCAAGCAAUAAAAGAACUUGUAUCGCACUGCACAAAAUACAAGUACACAUCGUCACGCACUCUGUAUACCCCGAAUGAUAUAUGUAAUGACGUGUUGCAUACGUAUGGAGUAUCGUUGAAUUAUGUGAAAGCGUGGAGGUCUCGGGAGGAAACUUUGAAACUGAUUAGGGGUGAUCCAGCUGAUUCUUUUAAUAAUAUACUAAGAUUCUUUGCCAUGUUGCAACAUACAAAUCCUGGAACGGUCACAGAUCUGGAGCUUGAUGGUCACAGUAGGUUCAAAUAUUGCUUCAUGGCGCUAGUCGCAUCAAUUCGAGGUUGGGGACAUUGUAGGCCAGUUGUUGUGGUUGAUGGCACGUACUUAAGUGGACACUAUGGUGGGACGUUAUUUACAGCAUGUACACAAGAUGCAAAUAAUAGCAUAUACAUACUUGCUUUUGGGAUUAGGGAUAGUGAGAAUGAUGCCUCGUGGACAUGGUUCUUCAAAAAUUUGAGGAAUGCGUAUGGCUAUAGAGAAGGGUUGUGCUUCGUAUCGGAUCGCCAUAAUAGCAUCAAAAAUGCUAUUAAGAAGGUGUAUCCAGGAACAUGUCAUGGAAUUUGUUCAUAUCAUCUUCUUCAAAAUCUAAAGUCACGUUAUGGAAAAUCGGGUAAAAAUAUAACGCAAACAUUUAAUUUAGCUGUUCGUGCCUAUACGUUGUCAGAAUACGAAUAUAACAUGCAACAGCUUGACACGAUUAAUGGAAAGAUAAGGGGUUACCUGGACAGUGUCGGGCCCUCUAAAUGGUCACGAUUCCACAUGCCAACGAAUCGAUAUUCUACAAUGACAUCGAAUAUAGUAGAGUCGAUUAAUGCAGUCACAGAAUCUGUCAAGAACUAUCCCAUUGUAGCUUUGUUGGAGUCAUUGCGACAAACCAUACAGUCGUGGUUUUGUAGACAUCGAGAAUCUGCGCAAGCGACUUUCACAACCUUGUCAAGCAAGUAUGAGAAGCAAAUGAGGGAAAUGAGCACGGAUAUGAGAAACUUGAGGGCAAUGUUCUCAGCCAACUAUGAAAAUUUAACUUUUGUUGUUGAUAUAGAAGGACAUACACGCACGUGUAGGAUGCUUCAAGUUGAUCAACUACCAUGUCCACAUGCUGUGGUUGUGAUUGCAAGUGUGAAGAUGGAUCCAUAUGAGUUUUGUUCAUAUUAUUACACGAGAGAAGCAUACAAGAAUACUUACAACGAAACUGUUUUCCCUGUAGGAAAUCCAAAUGAAUGGAUAAUGCCCAAAGACUUUGAGAACAUAGUCGUGUUACCACCUAAUCAAAAGCAAAGUUGCGGAAGGCCUACUGAGAAGAGGUUUAGAUCUGCAGUUGAAGAUAACAUAACUGUCAAAUGCGGUUGUUGCGGUGAAAGUGGUCACAAUCGCAGAAUUUGUAGCAGUUUGGUUCCAUUAAGUCAGAUUCAAUCAAAAAAACAAAGAAAAGAUAAGAAAGUCAACAGAUGA